AUGUCAGUUAUUGAUGUUUCAAAGAUUAAAAAGACAGAGAAUGUUCUUGCUUUGAUUAGUAAAGACUAUCCAGCAUACCAACAGAUCAUAGAGUUAUUGAAUUCAGUGUCAAACUCUGUUAGUGAAUUGGCUGCUGCAGGACAAACCUAUAACCAUAUAAUCAUUGUCAGUGGUGCCAAUGUAACAGGAUUACAACAACUCGCUCAACAAUUGAAUGCAGGUGGAUCUAUCGGAAUCUAUCAGUCUACACAACAAAACCUUACACUCGACCUCUUGAUGAAUGGUUUAGUCGAUGUCGUUCAAUCAGAAGCCAACGGUUUGUUUGUUACAUCUGCUACCAAGCCAGAUUGGAAUCAAGGUACAAGCGAUACCGUAAAGAUCGAAGCAAAGUCUGCUGGUUGGGGCGCAAUUAAUAACGAUGCUACAAUGGACGAAAAUGAUUUAUUAAGUGAAACAGAUAAGAAUGCUAAGCCAUCAACAUCAUUGGACGAUUGUGAAGUUGGUUCAAAGAAAAAGGCAUGUAAGAACUGUACUUGUGGUAGAGCAGAGAUGGAGGCAGCUGGUGAAGAACCACCAAAGCCAAAGUUAACAAAGGAGAUGUUGGAUAAUCCUGGUGUCAACAGUAACUGUGGCAGUUGUUCAUUGGGUGAUGCUUUCCGGUGCAAGGGUUGUCCAUAUAGAGGAUUACCUGCAUUCAAAGUCGGUGAAAAGAUUGUUCUUCCAGAUGACUUUUUGACUGAUGACAUUUAA